UGUUGGCAACUGAAAGACCAAGAAGAGAAUUCAGUUUAAAUACCCUUGUUGGCGACUUUGCGGACACCUCUGACUGACACCCAAAACACUGUCACUGUUUCAUAGAUUCUUCUAAUUUUCAGUUGAAGUUCCUUCCUCCUGACUCUCUGGGGCCUGGGAGUAGUGAAAGCGGCUCCGAAACAAGAUAAAAGACAGAAGAAGAUAUUAAAAAGCUAGGGUUUUGGCAGAAACCCAUUCUAUCCAAAUACAUUGCGUAUAAUCAUCUUCUAGAUUGAUCCUGUUGAGCUUUUUGUGUGAAUUGCAAUUAUGUCUGAUACGAAAGAAGAAGAGAAUUUGGAAUUUAAAUGGUUGAAAAAGAGAGGGAUUGGUGGAAGAAGGAAAGAGGUUCAAUUUUAUGAUUCCUUUGUUUUUGACGGUGAGGAGUAUUCUCUUUAUGAUUGCGUAUACAUGUAUAAAGAUGGUGAGCCUGAGCCUUAUAUUGGUAAACUUAUCAAAAUUUGGGAGCAACCAGGAAAUUUGAAGAAAGUAAAGGUCUUAUGGUUUUUUCGCCCUAUUGAAGUUGUCAAUCAUAUUGGCGAUGAAGAGGUGCCCGAGAAUGAACUGUUUUUGGCGUCUGGUAAACAAGAUUCUCGUGGGCUUACCAAUAUAAAUCCUCUGGAGGUGAUCGCUGGCAAAUGCAAUGUUAUCUGCACGUCAAAGGACGUCAAAAACCCACAGCCUUCUGAGGAAGAGAUGAAAGCAGCUGAUUACAUCUUCUACCGCACAUUUAACGUUGACACAUUUAAGAUAUCAGACGAAAUAGAUGAGAAAAUAGCAUCAGUUGAAGUUAAAUUCAUAUAUAAUCGCACCGGUGGUAAGGAACCAGGCAAUAUUUUCAAACUUGGCAGUGGAAAGACUGACGAAAAUGGGAAGAUAGGUGGAAGUGACGAUGUUUCAAGACCACCAGUGAAGUUAAAUGCACAAGGUCUGCCUGAUAGUUCAGUGAGAGUGGAAAAUGAACAGUUGGUGGCUCCAGGGGUUAUACAUGAUUCCCUGCCUUGUGAAACUGUUGCUCCUAAUGAAGCUGCAACUACUCUUGAUAAGCAGGAUAAUGUAGUAUGUCGAAAGGAAGCUCAAAUUAAGCUUGAGCAACUGUUGCUAAAGCGGAGUGAGCGUGAUGGUAAAGUUAAUGAUACAUCCACUACUUUGGUUCAGGAAAAAGGCAACCUGAAACCUGUCAAUAGUUCAGAUGAAGCUGACAGGCCUUCUAAGAAAGCCAGGGUUGAUAGUUCGGUUAAACCGUCUAAGAAACCACAGCCCAAAAUCUCCAAGUCUUUAUCACUCAGCAAGAAUAAGAAAGAGGCUAGUCCACAGAUUUCAAAGAAAGAUGGUGCUGAUAAUUUGGAUAAAUUAUCCAGGGAAACACAAACUACAGUGUCCAAUUCAUCGUCACUCAGUAAGGGCAAGGAUGAGCCCAGGGAACAGCCUUCCAAGAAAGCUAGGAUUGGUAGUCCGGUUAAAUCAACUGAAGAACAACAGUCUACAAUCUCCAAUCCAUUAUCACUCAGCAAGGGCAAGGAUAAGCCCAUCGCAAAACCCUUGGAAAAAGCUAGGGAUGGCCAUUCCACUAAAACAGUUGAGGAACCACAACCUAAAAUCUCCAGUCCAUCAUCAUUCAGCAAAGAGAAAAAUAAGGAUGCUGUCCAGACUUCUAAGGAAACCGGGGUUGAUAAUGCUGUUAAAUCAUCUGAGGAACCACAACCUACAAUUUCCUCGCCGUCAUCACUCAACAAGGAUAAAAAUGAGGCUACUGCACAACCUUCCAAGAAUAUUAAGGAUAUUAACUCGAUCAAAUCAUCUUACGAACCGCAACCUAAAAUCUCCAGUCCAUCAUCAUUCAACAAAGAGAAAAAUAAGGAUGAUGCACAGACUUCUAAGCAAACUAGGGUUGAUAAUCUUGUUAAAUCAUCCAAGGAAACACAGCCUACAGUUUCCUCGUUGUCAUCAUUCAACAAGGACAAGAAUAAAGCUAUUGUACAGCCUUUCAAGAAUGGUAAGGAUGGUAAUUCUAUCAAGUCAUCUAAUGAACCACAUCCUACAAUUUCUACUCCAUCAGUAGUUUUGAAGGAAAAGAUGGCUGGUGUACAAGAAUGUAUUAUACUUGUAGACUCUGAUGAGGACGAUGUUGUGGGGGUUUCAGGGGCUAUGGGCAGUGCUCUUGAAGAUGUGAAUACGUCAAAAGUUGUUGUGGAUUCUCAUGUGCAGGAGAAGGCCACUCUCAAGGAUGUCAAGCCAGGUGAGAAGAAGAAACACAAACUUUCAAAUGGGAAUCCUUCUAAACCAGCAGUUUCUCGUUGUACAGAAAAGGAAACCAAUACUGAUGACCAAACAGUGGAAGUGGGGAAAAGGCCAGAAACUGUAAGUGCUCUUGAAGAUACGAGUACGUCAAAAGCUGUUGUGGAUUCUCAUGUGCAGGAGAAGGCCACUCUUACUGAUGUCAAGGCAGGUGAGAAGAAGAAACGCAAACUUUCAAAUGGGAAUCCUUCUAAACCAGCAGUUUCUCGUUGUACAGAAAAGGAAACCAAUACUGAUGUCCAAACAGUGGAAGUGGGCAAAAGGCCAGAAACUGUAAGUGCUCUUGAAGAUAUGAGUACGUCAAAAGCUGUUGUGGAUUCUCAUGUGCAGGAGAAGGCCACUCUUACUGAUGUCAAGCCACGCGAGAAGAAAAAACGGAAACUUUCAAAUGGAAAUCCUUCCAAACCAGCAGUUUCUCGUUGUUCAGAAGAGGAAACCAAUACCGAUGACCAAACAGUGGAAGUGGGCAGAAGGCCGCAAACUGACCGAAGCAAAUGGUUCAAGGGACUUCCUUGGGAGGAAAGAAUGGAGACAGCGCAUGAUCAAGGAACACUCGUCUUGCUUGAAAAUCUGGAUCCAUCAUACACUUCAGCUGAAGUAGAGGAUAUAAUCUGGCAUGGUUUUCAAGAAAAUUGUACAGCUAAGGUUGUUGCGCAGACUGCAAUUUCUAGCCCACACUCUGGUCGAGCGUAUGUUAUCUUUAAGACACGAGAUGCUGCAGAACUUGCAACUGAAAAGCUGGAUGCCGGUUGCCUAAUGCUACCAAAUGGGAGACCUCUUGUUGCAAGUCGAGGAAAUCCGCCCAAGCGUGGGAAAGCAUCAACGUUAGUGGGCCAUCUCUUCAUUGAAAAAAUAAAAUUACAAACUCAGCGAGAGGAUAUAAAAAAAGCAGUAUCGACGUCACAUUGUUCUCAGCCCAACACAGUUGAAUAUGAGAUGGCUUUAGAAUGGUGUCUACUACAAACUAGGGCAGACAAGUAUUGGAAGGAGCUAUACAAGCAACAAGGGGAAGAGAUGAGAAAACUCAACGCAGAACUCAAGUUCAAAUGAGCAGAGUUGGAGGCUUGGCCUGUCAUUACUACGACGUGUAAUUAAAGAGUAGGCAACAAGAUAGAACCGUCAUCCGUUGGUCCGUCAUUACUUUUGUAUAGAACAGUUGGAGUGAUAAUCAUUUUUUCCUCUCAUCACAUCGUUGUUUAGCUACAAAAUUCUUCACAGGCCACAAAGAAAAACACCCUUACACUUAUGAGCAGCACCUUUGUGUAGGGCGCCUAAAUUCUUCAAGGGCAGUCACUCAGCCCUCCUUGGCAUGCCGAAGCAUAGCCUCUCUCGGCCCACUUCGUUUAUGUAAUUCUUUCCUGAAGAAUUUUCUCCCGUCGUCAGCUGUGUCUUUUUUUGUUUUUAUGGUUCAUGGAUUGCAGGAAGACAUAUUUUCUUGUUCCUUGGUAUUACUUGCACAAAAGCUUUAUGCAUGGUA